CUUGAUUUUUUGUAUUUUACCCGGAUUUUUAUAAUUUAUUUUAGAACAAGAAGUGAUCCUGCCAUUCAUACAAAUACUUCAGCAACUAACCCGAACUUAAUUGAUCCAAAUUUCCUUUCUUAUCCAUUCUAUUCGGAGGUUCAAAAUUCCUGGAACAAUGAAACACCGAAAAUGUUUAAUGGUCCUGCAACAGCACCUCCAACAGCGCAGAUUCAACCCUCCGUUUUAUUUUUUCCUUCUUAUCCAUUGGGACAAACAAAUAUGCCAUUAAAUCAAACAAAUAAUUCAAUUAAUCAACAUCAAAAUCGACAACAACAACAACCAAAUUUACCUCCAAAUCAAAUAUUUAAUAUACCUGCCAAUCCAACAACAAUUCCUCCAUUACCUUCAGUUAGCCUACCAAUACAACAAAUUGGCUCAUCACCUUCAUGCUCAUCACCUAUUGCUUCUUGCUCUUCUCAACAAAAUUUUAUGAUUAAUAAUAAUAAUAAUAAUGGUUCUCCUGCCUCCCAACAAAUUAUUUUUUUACAACAAUUAAAUAACAAUAAUAAUAAUAAUUUUGUUACAAAACCAAAAAUAGGAAAUAAUGAUCAACAACAACAACAACAAUUAAUAAUGCUUGAAAAUAAUAGAGUUGGUUUUCAACAACAACAGCAAUUGUAUAACACAAAAAUAUCUCCACCACCUCCAUACUUUAGUCAAAAUAUAAUAACAAAUAAUAACAACAACAAUACACUUCAACAACAAUUAACAACACCUUUAACAAAUUUAUUAUCACAAAGUAGAUCUGCCCCAACAAGUCCAACAACUUUAUCUUCCUCCUCUUCAAUGGAGAAUUACCAUCCAUUAGCUGCAAUUCCGGGAGGAAAGAUGAUGCAAGGACAAUUAAAUAAUAAUAAUCAGUGGUCACAACAUCGACAUUUUUCAGCUAGCCCUGAUGGAAUGGAAGUUCCAAAUAUUUGUGUGACUGGUACAGAUGGUUCUCUUGAUGUUGAUUGUUUUCAGGAUCUACAAGAUUUGCAUUUGGACAGUGAAACGCUACAAAUGUUAAAAGACCAAGCGGACCACGAAAACAUGGUGGACCCAGCAUGUGAAACUCAAUUGCUCAGUUGA